AUCCAUCUGGUUCGUCCGUUCCACCAGUGCCAAUCCCGCUUUUCACUGCAGCCGUCCGAUCGGUCAUUUUUUUUCUCACUUUUUCUGUGUCCCACCGAGCCAAUGACGACUGGGGCCAGCUUCGUUUGGGACCCGGCCAUCAGAGGCAGCCUAGGGUGCUCAUUCUCGUCUUCUUCCGUCUCCUACCACGGGAGACGGUGAAAACCUAGAUCGGCGUGGAGCCGUGGACGACCCCAAUCCUCCCCGCCCCUCUCCUCCCCGAUGGCGAUCUCCUUCUCCCCCGCGCGGCGACACCGGACGCUCGGGACGGAGCGGCGCGGCGACCAGGCCGGCGCAGUGCCGGGAGGCGCGACGACGGCGGUUCUCGGCAGAGCCGCCUCCCGAAUCUCUCCGUCAUGGCGCGAGCGAGCUCCAGAUCGAGAUCGAGCGGGGGCGGCUGUGAGCGGCCGCGGCGUGCUCCGGCUCAGGGAAGGGGAGGCCGGCGCGAGCUCGGGAAGGGCGGGCGCGGCGAGCUCCGGCUCCGUCUCAUGGGGCAGGUGGAGCAGCACGACGCCGGGGCUCCAGCUCGUGGAGAAGAGCCGGUAGACAGAGGACGGCGAGCGACGACCGCGGAGGUACGUGAUGACCAAGCCAGAUCCACCUUCAGGGUGCUUGGCGACGCUGCUGCGCUUCUUCCCCGGCCUUCUCGACUCGCAUAGCCUGGUUUGUCUCCCCCUGCUUCUUCUCAGUUAUGUUGUUCCGUCCGUGGUGCUGGCCUUGUUCCACGAUCUUAUCUUUUUGCACGAGCUGGUUGGUCUUCUUUUUUUUUUUUUAAACUCGGUCUCGCCACUUGAGGAUUUGCUAGGGCUGAACGGUGUUGUCUUCUGCUCGCAGCUCCACCCAAGUGUAUGUGCAGAGUGAGUUUCUCCUUAAAAUUGCUCGUGCCUAUGCGUUCUU